UUUUGCGUGAAUAUUGCAAACCAUUUUAUAUUCUAGAUCGAAUGAUAUCACAGAACAAUAAUAACAAAAUCAGCCAACGUUUUUAUUGUCCAAUUUUGACAUAACUCUCUGCUUAAACAACGCUUGAAUAAUCAAUUUCAAUAGGCAUGUUUCAGCCUUUGUGAAGGUUAUUUUACUUUUUGAUAUAAAAGCAAGCAAAAAAAAUAAUUAUAAAUCUUCACAAGUUGCAUGACAUUGAGAAUCUAUUCAACUAUGAAGCUUGUGUAUCUCUGUAUUUUUGCUCUAGCUAUCUUCUCCGCUUUGGUCGCUGCUUCUCCUCAAGACAUGCGUCAUGGUCCUGAUUGGGAUCGUGAUCAUGGUAGACCUGGUAGACCUGGUAGACCUGGCCGUCCUCAUCACCCCGGAAAACCUGGUAGACCUCAUCAUCCUCAUUAUCCUCAUCAUCCUCAUUAUCCUCAUCAUCCUCAUCAUCCUCAUCAUCCCGGCGGACCUGGUCAUCCUGGCGGACCUGGUCAUCCUGGCGGACCUGGUCAUCCUGGCGGACCUGGUCAUCCUGGCGGACCUGGUCAUCCUGGCGGACCUGGUCAUCCUGGCGGACCUGGUCAUCCUGGCGGACCUGGUCAUCCUGGCGGACCUGGUCAUCCUGGCGGACCUGGUCAUCCUGGCGGACCUGGUCAUCCUGGCGGACCUGGUCAUCCUGGCGGACCUGGUCAUCCUGGUGGACCUGGUCAUCCUGGUGGACCUGGUGGACCUGGUGGCAAUCACUGAUGCAAAACAAUUAAUUAAUGAUGCUAGUAGCACCUACUUCACCUUUUUCAUAUUUCUAUAUGUUGUAAAUAAAUAAAACACUGGUUAUAACACUGAGAAUACUCUUUA